GUUAAGUCCCGCGGCCGGGCCCACUGGCGGCGUGACCCGGAAGUUCUCCCGCAGCGCUUCCGGCGCACUGUCCGCUGCGCGGCCCUGCCUGGUGAUGUGAGCGCGGUUCGGCGCUGGAGCCUUCUCCUUGCGGAGUGGAUCCCCAAUGUCCUGCCAUGGAUGAUGAUAGCCAGGAUGAACUGAUAAAUAAGAAUGCUGCACUAGGCAAGGGCAAAAGGCAGAGUCUAGCACUCCUCAGUGAAACAGAAAGCAAUGGUGGAAACAGUUGUGAGUCAGAAGGUGAUACUGGAAGUGAGGAGGAAGAAGAUGACACUGAGGAAGAAGGAGUUGAGGUGGACAAGGAAGAAAGUGAAGAUGAAGAAUUAGAAGACUGUGAAGAUGAUGAUGAAGAGGAAGAGGAGGAAGAAGCUGAGGCUGCUGUGGGGAGAACGACCAAUCCUCUCAAAUUAAAGCCCCACAUGAAUGGAGUGAACAUCUCCUCUGAUGAGGACGGUGAAAACUGCCCUAUUUGCCUCAACACAUUUAGGGAUCAGGCUGUUGGGACUCCUGAGAACUGUUCCCAUUACUUCUGCUUGGACUGCAUAGUGGAGUGGUCAAAGAAUGCAAACUCUUGUCCAGUGGAUCGAAUCCUCUUUAAGUACAUCAGCAUUCGGGCGCAUUUUGGUGGUAAAGUCUUAAAAAAGAUUCCCGUUGAGAACACAAAAACUCAGGGUAGUGAAGGAGAGGAUGAUCCAACCUUUUGUGAAGUAUGUGGCAGAAGUGACCGAGAGGAUCGCCUGCUGCUGUGUGAUGGCUGUGAUGCAGGGUAUCAUAUGGAAUGCCUUAAUCCACCUCUGAGUGAAGUCCCUGUAGAUGAAUGGUUCUGUCCAGCCUGUGUUCCCAUGGGUGCCAGUGCUUCAGCAGAUACAGAUCAUGUGAGUGAAGAAGAGGUUGCUGCCCUCGUGGCUGAUGUUGUUCCUACCACUAGCAGGCUACGUCCUCAUGUCCGAACCCGAGCUAUAGCCAGGACUCGGCAGAGUGAACGAGUUAGGGCAACAGUGAAUAGAAACCGAAUAACAACUGCACAGCAAAUUCAGCACGUGCCGAGGUACCUCAUGUCCUCUCUUCUGGAUGAAACAAUUGAGGCAGUUGUAGCAGGCCUAAACACAGCCAUCUACCAGCGUCCUCUUACACUGCGGGCUCCUGCUAGACAGAAGAGAAAAACAGGUAGGAGGAGAAAAGCAGCAGGCAAGAAAAGAACUCAGACAAAAUCUUCUGUUGGGAAGAAAACGUCAGGGACACAGGUGAAGAGACGCAAGCGUUUAAUGAAGAAGAGAAGAGGGAAAAAGAUAAGAGUAAGAGCGUGUGUAAAAAAUGAGGUUACCGCUCGCUCCCGCAUUGCAAGAACACUUGGUCUUAGUAAACCUGUGCGUGGGGCCUCAAUUCCUUCCAUGUACAAACCAAUGGAGCCCUCUCUUGGUCUGAUGAGAGCAGAUAUUGGUGCAGCUUCUCUAUCUGUGUUUGGAGAUCCAUAUGAAUUGGAUCCUUAUGAAGGUAAUGAAGAGGUUCCAGCAAAUCCAGAUUCACCACUGAGUGCCAAAAGGAGAGUUCUCUCCCAGUCAGCACUGAGGUCUCACCGUCCUGUAGCUAGACCUGUUUCAGUGGGACUUCCCAGAAGCAGUGUACCUGCCUUGAGUCCUGAUCAAGAAGCAGAAGCUGCCCCUGUGCCUGAUCUGUUGGGUAGUAUCCUGUCUGGACAGAGCAUCCUCAUGAUGAGUAGUUCUGAUGUGGUUAUCAACAGAGACGGUUCUCUGACAGCAAAGAAAGCAGCUCCGCUUCACAGAAAAUCAGUAAAAGACUCACGGGUGGAUGAUGGUUCAGGACAUAACCCCCAGCUGAGUACAGUGCACUCAGGGACCAUGACAGGCAGCUCCAUUGCUGGACCUUCAGUUUCCUCGGGGCUGAAUGCUCGCACUAGACCCACCUCAUCCAGCUUGUUUUCAUCACCUUCACCGAGCAGGACUGAGCCUGCAGCAACCCCUGCACAGACUACAUCAGAAAAGGCAACUGUAAAAUCAGAGUAUUCCGUGACACCCAGAGCUGUUCAGACUCACAGCGUAGCUAGUCUGAACAGACAUGGCUCCAAGUUAGAUGAAAUGCCCAGAUUUAAUGGAAACUCUAAAAACUCUGCACGUACUGAUUCAUCUUCAAAGCCCCUGUGCUGUAACUUGAAUUCUGGUUCAAAAGCUGUAACUGUGAGGCAACCAUUGAAACCACCUCCCAGAAGAAUUGACAUAUUUGAGCUUCCCAGGAUACCAAAGAUUAAAAAGGAAACCAGCAGCAAGCAGGUGGAUUCAGAACCCACAGGAAGCCAAAGCUGUGACAUUCCCAGCUCCUGUAUUACCCAGCUGACUGGCAAAGAGAGCACUAAUCAGCUGGGAAAGGGUAGCAAGAUGGAAAGUCAGAAGUCAAAUGCCAGGGAAUCUCAGCAACAAACACGUACAAGCGGGGUAUCUUUUUCUACCAAUGCAGGCAUGUAUAGCAGUUCUUCGCUACUGGGCACUUCAAGAAGCAAAGGCUCAAGUUCUUUUGAGAGUUUUAAAAUUAAUAUUCCUGGAAACACGGGACAUUCCAGCAGACUGUCUAACCCAGGAUUCUGUAACACCUUCCGCCCUGUGGAUGACAAGGUGCAACAGAAAGAGAAUCCUUCACCUCUUUUCUCAGUUAAGAAGAAACAAGUCAAAAGUGAAAUAUAUGAUCCCUUUGAGCCAACAGGGUCAGACUCAAGUUCAGCAAGCAGCAGUCCAGAAAGGCUUGGCUUGGGGAUCCCGCUAACCAAUAUUACCAGGACUAUUUCCAUUGAAAAUCCAAAAGUUCAAACGUUUCAAACUGUUCGUCGUUUUACCCCUUACACAGUAGAAAACAUAUUUGGAUCCGGGGCUGAAUCUGAUGUCCCAUCUAGUAAUACGGAGUCUCAUGAUGAUGUGCCAGUAGAAAGUAGGAUCGUAGAACAGAUUUCUGAUACAGAGGAACGAGACGAUAUGGAUGAGGAAGACUUUCUAAGCAGUCCUUGCACUUCAUCUGUUGUUAAGCAAGUUUCUAAUGCAGAGCACUUAAAGGAGGAAGGUAGAGAGAGCCCCAAUGUGUUCUUUAAUUCUGAAGAAUUAAUUAGACCUCAUAUUAGUGUGAAACUCGAACCAGAUAGUUCAUCAAAGAAUGACGGGCAGCAAAAAGUCCAGAAGACAGAACAAACAGAGCGGCGAUCACGUUCCAGAUCCUGUUCAAACUCCAGCUCCCGAAGCAGGAAGAAGGCUAAAAGGAAAAAGGCACUUGUCAAAGAGCGGAAGAGAUCCCGAUCAGGGUCUAGGGGCAGAGCACACUCGAGGGACCGAAGCUCCAGGUCUACCUCUUGUUCAGGUGGAGAGGAGAGCAGUAAAAUACACACACUGAAAUCCAAGAGCAGGAGGUCUUCUACUGACCGUUCCAGCAGUCACGAGCGAUCUAAGAAAAAGAAAAUGAAGGAUAAAACUAAGGAUAAAAAGGCAAAAUCUUCUUGGUCUAGGGAGAGAAGGAAAUCUAGGUCACGUUCAGGUAGUCCUGGAAGUACUUCUGAGUUUUAUGAAAAUAGGAAAAAGAAAAGACGGUCUCGAUCCAGGUCAAGACGAAGGGGUCGUUCCCGAUCAAACAGUAUUGAGAGGACAAAGAGGCGAAAACACAGGAGAGACAAAAGCUAUGAGAGGUAUGAUAAAGAUAGUAGCUUGAGGUCAAGAGACAGAAAGAGAUCGAGAUCCAGGUCUCGGGAGAAGAGAAAGUGGAGGUCUCGGUCUCGGUCUGCAUCUCGAUCGCAGGAGCACAAAAGCAGCAAAUCAAAAGAAAAAAGACCACGAUCGAGAUCACGUUCUAAAGAAAGAAAACGUAAAUCAAAGGAAACCUCGCUUCCUCCUCCACCAGAAAAGGAUCAAAAGCCUCCAGCUGAAGAUGUACCCAGCUGUCCAGAGCAAUCCCAUUCCUUCAAACAAGAGCCGGAGGAUGAGGUGGUACUAGAACAGCUUUCCAUAACCAUCCAGCCAAGUGUCAAACUUGAGGAAAUGCAGACUGAGACCCCAAUUCAACAGAGAGAGGCCCAAGAAACUGCAAAGGCGGAGGCCACCUGUGAGGAAGUGGCAAGUGAAACUGCAUUCCCUGCGCCAGAGAUCACAAACGUUUGUGUUCCCAUUGAUAAUAUGGAUUCUUUUGCUGAAACAGAAUUAAUGAAUACUAGUGAUCCAGGACUGCCUGGUAGCUGUAGCAAUACAAACCUUGAGAUUACAGUUAAAAUAGAAAAUACUGCGGUAUGUCCACCUCUGGUGGAAUCACCUCCAAAGAAAGAGGUUAUGAUGCACGCUCAGACCGAGGCUGUACCAGUUCAGAGCUCCUCUAAAACAGCAGAUUGUGUGAGAGAGGUUAAAGAUGAGUGCCUUGCGUCAAAUGAGAAGACUGGUAGUUUCAGUCAGCCUGAACUGGAGGUAGUAUCUCAGGGUCCUGUGUUGAAAUCUAAAGCACCUGUGAAAAGAGUGACCUGGAAUCUUCAAGAGGAAGGAAGUGGUGUGUUGUCUGCCGGAAGAGCUCCAAGGAUGCCAUUUUACAAACUUCAGCGAGCAAAAGAAGGGGCCUGGAAAGCAGAGGACUUGAACCAAACAUUAAAUCAGGUGUACUGUCAAAAUAUACCUUUGACGCCACCUCUGCCCUCAAGCCUUCCCCCCUACGCACCUGUCAGCCAGCCCACAGUUCAGUUCAUCAUGCAGGGCAGUCUUCCUGCGCUGGGCUGUGUGGCAGGCCAGAGCCUGACUCCAGAGCCGGGCAGCCUGGCUACUGCAUCUGAACCAGGAAUUCAAGCUGCUUCUGUUGGAAAUGAAGAAGAAAAAAUCAAACCACCGAAACCUGAAGUGGAUAAAACGAAGAAUGAGGAAUACAUGAAGAAGCUUCACAUGCAGGAGAGGGCUGUAGAAGAAGUGAAACUUGCUAUCAAACCCUUUUACCAAAAGAGGGAGAUUACAAAGGAGGAGUACAAGAACAUUCUUCGAAAAGCCGUGCAAAAGAUCUGCCACAGCAAAAGUGGAGAGAUCAACCCUGUGAAGGUAGCUAAUCUGGUGAAGGCGUAUGUGGAAAAGUACAAACAUAUGAGGAAACAUAAGAAGUCCGAUGGUGAAGAUGCUCGUGAAAUGGAAAACUGAGAGCAAGCUUGCAGCCAAUGUGACUUGACUUGAACUUUUUCUGGCUGAGAACAUUGUUCCAGAAGGAAUAACAGAUCUGCAGUAACAUCUCAUCAAAAACAAAUUGCAGAGAAGCAAGAUUAUAAUAGGAUUUAUCUGCUGAACCUGCUUUUGAAUUGUUUCCAUAUGGGAAUGAGCUUGGAGUUUUGUUGUUUUUUUUUUAUUACCUAUAGAUGUAGAACUCGAUAACAAUCAAAUGCCUCAGACCAGCAGAGUAAUUCCAGGAGAAACAAAGAAGAGAUUUGCAUUUAGGACUCCCGGAUUGCUACCGUUUUCAGGGUUACUUUGAUCACAUUUUUGGGCUGUGCACCUGUCUUGCUAAAAGUUUGAAACUGGACACCACUUUUCAUAUACAGUAUAUUGAGAGCUGUAUACUGUUUCCCUUGUGUUUAUUUAUCGAAAUAUGGAUCGUCUUUAGAAAUUUCUGAUUUAAUACUUGAAAUGUGGUAUUUUUAGCCUGCUCGAUGGUGAGCGAUGCUUUACUCGCUCUGUCGUUUGGGGAUUGCAGAAAUGAGCUAACCUUUAUAAAUUGACUUCAGAAACACUGCUCAAGAUGUGGUGUUUAUUUUCAUUCUGUUGGAAGUAUCUCGUUAGUGAAAAGUUUGAUUUUGGGGAGGGAGAUUAUGUUGCACUUCUGUAAAUAACGCACUGAUGGCUGGUUUUGUGUCUGCCUUUCAGGAAAACUGAAACAAAAAGCAAACGUUGUGAAUUUUCAGUAACAAGCUUGAGGAACAAGAUUGAACUGAUGUACAAAGCAGAAAUGUGACAGAAUUUAUAAAGUUAUUUUGAAUGGUUUUAGUCCCA